GAAGCGGUUGGUGAACAGGAAGUGACGUCACGAGCCACGCCCGGCCCGGGCUCUCGGAAAGGAUGCAGCUGCCGUCGGGGCUGCAGGACCGCCUGGGCCUGGGCCCGGCUGGUGGCCCUUCCGAGUCGGCCCCGCUGCCCAUACUCCGCCACCCGGCCGCCGGGGCCGCUCCCUUCCGCUUCGUUCCACGGGCCCAGAACCUGCCCCGGGGACACCCGUUGUUCGAGGAAGGGGACGUCCAGAGGCACGCCUACCUGCAGGACGUCAUCACGCAGGUGUCCCUGGCGCCUGAGCGCCCCCGCGUGGCGGCCUUCGGCUGCCACGUGGCGGGCUGCCCGCAGGAGUUCGACACGCUGGAGGGCUACGAGCACCACUACCGGGCGCUGCACACGCACGUGUGCUCGCGGUGCCGGCGCUCCUUCCCGUCGGGCCGCCUGCUGGACCUGCAUCUCCUCGAGUGGCACGACGCGCUCUUCCAGCUGCUGGCCGAGAGGCAGAGCAUGUACCAGUGCCUGGUGGAGGGCUGCCCCGACAGGUUCCGCGGCAGCCGGGAGCGCAGGGAGCACCUGCUGGCCGCCCACCGCUACCCGCCCGACUUCCGCUUCGACCGGCCGAGCGGGCGGGGGCCGGAGGAGCCGGAGGAGGCCAUGGACGUGGGGCCGCCCCCCGCCCCGCAGAAGGCCCGCCGAGUCCCGCCCACCGUUUGCUUUGGCCAAGGGGCGGUUCGAGGGUUUAAAAACGCAAAGAAAAGAAGCGACUCCCGCUGAGCGCCCCGCCCGGGGGCCUUGGGGGGGAGGCUCGGACCCCCUCCUUUCCUGGGCAGCGGCCCCUCCCCCUCCAGGCUGCCCCCCCCCCCCGGGGUCCGCUAUCCUCAGGCCCUGGCCCUGCGUGCGCUCCUUCCUAAUAAAGUCUGGA